AUGCCAAUCAACGACCUCUGGCUCGUCUACUCUGGAUCGUCCCGUCCAUCAACAAUGUGGGGUGGCCUCAACGUUCGCAACGCCACUGCCAACAUCUUCCAGUUGGAUCAAUGGUCCAAACCAAUCCGUGUCAGUAGCCGAGUGAACUUUGGUUACACUGUCAACUCGUUCGAGUCUGCCAACUGGUCUGUCCUCAACAUUUCCAGACUGUUGUCCAGUGAGGAACAGAUGUGGAUCGCAAUCGAUGAGAUCAGAUUGGUUGCCCAGGAUGCCAAGGCCAUUGCCAUUGAAGCCAGAACCAUUGCCACUGAAGCAAAGUCAAUUGCCGCCGAUGCCAAGACCAUUUCCAACGAAGCCAAGUACAUUGCUGCUGAAGCCAAGUCUAUUGCCGCCGAAGCCAAGACCAUUGCCGCCGAGGCCAAGGCGUUUGCCAUGCGUGCCAACAACCUUUCUACUGAGACUCAGCCCAUCGCCAAUGAGGCAAGGGACCUCGCCCUCCAAGCCAACAUGACUUCAAUUGAAGCCAACUUGCAGAUGCUAGAGGCACAAAGAGCUGCUAUGUUGAACUCGAUUCGCCUAGACUACUUGAACUUCACGAUGACCAAUGAUCAGCGGGAGGUGUUCCUCAAGCUCCAAGAUCUGACCAACAAGAGAGAUGAGGCUUUUAACAAGAUGAAGAAGUUUUCUGAGGACAUCACCAACUCUAAGAAUGAGAUCAUGAAGAUGAUGAGAGGUGAGGCUGAGGAUGCCGCUCGUAAAGUUAUCAAUGAACAAAUGGCAACAACCUCAACAACUACUACUACCUCCCCUGCCAUCUCCACGACAUCAUUCUCCACCACUUCCACGACAUCCACCACGUCGACAGAAGUACCAGCCACAACUCCCGCCUAA